ACAUGCACUGUUUUGUAACCCAGUAAAAAUUAAUCCAUUUUCCCGAAAAAUCCUCCGGUUUUUUAAGUGAAAACCAUGAAUCAUUUAUGCAAAUCGUUUAGCAAGUUGCAUCCGCACCCUGCUUUUCGGAUUACUUCGACACUGUUGCAUAGUAGUCGUAGCAGCACGAUUACCGCCUCAUCCGCACCAGAGAAAAUUGCCCUUCCGCGACGGAUCGAACGUAGCCCCACGGACAUUCUGAAUGCUCUGUCCAGCACGGUAGGGUUCGACCCAACUGCAGCCCACUACAAGUAUCACGAUGAUCCGUACCUGAUUCCGACGUCCAACAUCGCCAAGAAAACGUACGCGAUGGCACAGGAAGCCGGCCGGAAAGCGGCUCACUGGAUCCGGCAGGAGAAUGCAAAGUUGUUUCAGCACAAGGAAGCUGCUCCACCCGUGCCGAUGUUCGUUCCUACGAUGAUUUACAACGAAGAGAGCCAGGUGGAAGCGACCGAUCUGGAAAAACUGAUCGGAAAUGUCGACGUGAAGGAUGCGGUUCUGGUGUACAAUUUGUUGAAGAAGAAUAACAUAGUGGUGAGUGAAGAGCUGAAACAAUCCCUGAUGGAACUGCUGUGCUUCUUCAACCACGAAGAUUCGCUGGCCGAGGAGUACAUCGAGGAACGUUGGUUCCGGCAAGGUGUAACGGAGAAGGGUCGUCAGAGAAAAACGUGGAAAGACUUCGAGUUGGCCGAGCAGAUUUUUCACGAAAUUGAGGACAAAAAACCGGAGCACUACUGUGCUCUGAUUCGUGGAAUGGCGAAAUAUUUCCAGGUGGAAAAAGCAUGGGCUCUGUAUCAGGAGACGAUCGAAAAAGGCAUUCUUUUGGACACGAACACUUUCAACAGUUUGCUUCAAAUUGCUUCAUUCCUGAAGGAAAGCUACGAAAUGCGCUGGGAUUUGGUUUGUGAAGUUCUGACCGCGAUGAAAAAUCAAGGUCUAAUGCCCAACAUUGGAACGUUGAAUGCGGUUCUGCAGACUAUUACGACUAUUGGAGGAUACAACCACCCGAGAACUUAUGCCUUGAAGACGCUAUCGGAGUUCAAGAAGCUCGGUAUUGAACCAUCACUGGCCAGUUGGUACUACAUGUUGGCCAUCUUCUGUCGUGAGCGUGGCCCAACCAGCCAUAUUCUACACGACAUCAUGAACGAAAUAGAGAACAAAGAAUUUCACAUUCAAGAUCCUAAGGAUACCUUCUUUUUCGUGACUGCCAUGGAUGUUUGUCGCUAUCAUCUGCACGAUAAGGAUUUAGCCAAACGAGUAAAUAAUUUACUUCAUUUCAAGGAUAACUACAACCUGAUAGGAGAUUCGUACAAGGAAUCAAUCUACUAUCGUCAAUUCUUCACAGUUCUGUGCAACACCGAGCCGCUGGAAACGUUCAUGGAAACCUACAACAUGCUCGUUCCGAAUGUGUACAUUCCGGAGCCAUCCGUAAUGGAGGACAUCCUCAAGUGUAUCGACGUAAACUGUGCCGUGGACUAUCUUCCUCAAAUGUGGUCGCACAUGAUUCAAUUCGAUCACACCGGGCGUGAAAACCUGCUUAAUAUGAUCCUUCAAAUCAUGAUCACAAAUCAACCAGAAAACCCUGAGCUGGUAGAAAAAUUUACGACCAUUGCAUGGGACAUGUACAAACGACUGGAGGAACUGAUCGCCGCGGGUAGCAAUCGUAAUCAGCGAACCGGUUUCUCCGGAGCCCUCCUGGGGGAUGUCCUAACGAUCUGUUGCCGCGGAAAGGACUAUGAAAAGGCGCAAACUCUGUUCGAAAAGAUCAACAACGAUCAAAACUCGAUCGUCGGCGAUCCGAAGGUGAUGGCCCUGAGGGCAUUCAUACAGCUGUCCAUCGAAGAAAAGAAGCCGAGCUUGGCGAUAACUUGCCUGCAGUACUGCGUGGAGAAUGGGUUCCCGGAGAGUGCCGAGUUCGGGCGGCACAUCCACAGUUCGAUGACGCUGGAUGAGGUGCAGAUCGGGAAAAUUAAGCGGUACGUCGGAGCGGAUGCGUUGAAGCCCAGUAAGGUUGAUGAGGAGGAAGGUAAGUGAACGUUGAUUGUUGUAUGAUAGAUUAUAGAUAGUGGGAGUUUUGAUCCGAUUGAA